AUGAAAUCAGUCCAGCAUCUCGCCCCCUUCGGCCUCGCGGCAGCCAUUGCCUCUGCCUCCACCACCGUUCCUCGCGACGACGCCCGCCACGAUCCUAUCGAGAUUGAAACUCUGUACUCCCCCAUUAUCAUUACCUUCACCACGAGCGCUAUCCUCGCUACUCAUCUCAUCGUCAAGGUUUCUACUACCACUGACACCGCUGCGCAUCCUAUCGUCAUCGCCGUGACCCUCCAGACCAUGAUCGCCCGAAAAGACAACCAUCGCGAACCUUACGAAAGCGAGCCUCUUUCGUCUAUCGUUCCCACUCCUAUCGCUACUGCUACUGCAUUCACCUCCUUCAUCACCUCCGUUACCGAUGGUAUCCAUAAUCACGGCCCUAUUGGACUUGAGUACAACUCAUCCAGCACUCCGACGCUCUCGCACCGCCGCCACUGCCUCUUCUUAUCAGAGUCAUAG